AUGUGGGUCCUUGAGAAGAUCAAGGAGAGCGUGGAGAGCUUUCCUGUGGAGCUGAGUCGUUACAUGGGGAAGAGCGAGGAGGACCUCUUCCUCUCUUCCAAGGCCAAUCUACACAACAACAUCCUCACACCAGACAAAAUCCCAGAGUUCUUUUUGCCUCCACGGCUCUGCAAGAGGAGUCCUCUACUGGGAGUUGAGGCAACUCCACCUUACCUGAACAGUGACAACCAGAUGCCCAGGAGCAAAAUUCCCUCAGAUACUAAACAUGUUAAAAAAAAUGAUGUGAAGACAAAGAAUAGUGAUUCAGCAGUGCUGCAGAGAGCUGCAAAGAAACCUUUGCCAUUUUCUGCAGAGGGCUAUGGUAUGGCUGGUUUAUACGAGAGCCCCAACACUCGAAGGAAGGAAUCUUUGUUCCACUCAAAAUGCCCUGUUUACAUGUUUGAUAGAAGCACUCCUACUAUAGCACCCAGGCUAGCAAAGCAGACAAACCAGCCCAAGAAAACCUCAACUUUAUCUGGGUUUUUCCCCCGGUUUGCAGGCAAGAGCCUCUCAGAGACAGGGAGCACAGAAAAUGAAACACCUUCUUCCAGUGACUCCUCUCCUCUCAGUUCCCCUUAUGGUGGUAAAUCUUCCCUCUCCAUCCCAUCAAGAAGUGGCCAUCUUAGAGGAGCAAUAUCCUGCCCUUCUCUAAUUGACAACAGAGAAGAUACAGGGAGGUGGAAGAGGGGGGCUGUAAGUUUAACAACCUCUCCUAGCACCCCUCCAAGCUUAAAGGGAAGCUCACUCAACCUCGCCCCACCCGUCCUCUUCCCACUGGAUGUUCUGCAGUGCCAGGAGAGACUUCAGCGUGAGCAUGUCCUCCCCUUACAGGGCCAUGGUAAAGUUCGCCUCUCGGCUGAGCACACUACUUCAUCCACCAACAUGCUGUCAUCCCUCUCCACACUCAGAGUUCGUGUGGUGUCUGUGGAAGGUCUACGGGACCAAGCUGACGCGCGACCUCUGAACUGUGCAGUGAGUGUGUGUCUGACACCAGGGAAGCUACAGCAACAGCAGAGUGCCACCAUCAGGAACUGCCGCAGCCCUGUGUUUAAUGAAGAUUUCUUCUUCACAGAGCUGAGUCAAGAGGAUCUGCUACAGCUGCAGCUCAGGUUGAAAGUGGUGGAUAAGCCUGCAGCUGGAACACUGAGGAGGGCGACAGUGAUCGGGGUAAUCGCCAAACCUCUGUCGCAGUUACUCCCCCUUAAAAAUGGGUAG